AUGGAAUUCCGGCACAGGAUCAUAAAGGUGGACCUCCACCACUCGGUCCUCACGGACCGCCGAUGGCCAGAAAUCAGGAUAGACAACUGCAUGACCGUUGGCGCGCUGAAGGAAAAGCUGUACAGCAACACGGGCACGCACCCGGCCAGCAUGUCGCUAUACGCCUACCGGCCCGGCGACAUGAAGCGCACCCAGAUCCACCUGGACAACGACUCCUGCGAGCUGCACCAGUACGGCGUGGACGACGGCUACGUGAUCUACAUACUGGCCGCCCAACACUCUCACGCCUCGGCCCCGGCCCCCGACGCCGGUGGCGCUGCCGACUGCCCGCUCAAGGUGACCAACCCCCGGCUGCACCGGCACUACGCGGAGCAGAUGGAGCGCUGCCGAGAGACCGGCGACGAGUCGAACUUCGAAGCAUAUCGCAUGAGUGAGGAGGAGUACGCGCAGCGCGGGAAGGGGCUUAGGGAGUUCAUCAGCCGCAUGCGUGAACAAUGCCGUGCCCGCGACGCCGACACUGAGCACGCGCCAACCAAGUCGAUCGAGGUGUUGAGGCAGGAGUACCCGCUGGGCGCGAGGUGCUCAAUCAGCCCGUCCGACCUCCGCGGCGUCGUGCGCUUCGUUGGCAACGUGAAGCGCGACAUCCUCAUCGGGAUCGAGUUGGACGAGCCUAUGGGCAACACCGACGGCAGCGUGGAUGGAGUGCGCUACUUCACUGCCAGGGGACCCAGCUACGGGAUUUUCCGGCCGUACGAGCAGGUGACGGUCGGUGAUUUCCCGGAGGUGGACCCCUUUGAGAUGGCUUGA